AUGGGCACUCGCACGAUGCGACUCAUCGCGCGCAAGCCCGUGCACCUCUCCGUCACGGCCCUGGCUAUCCUUCUUCUCAUAUACGUAGGCGCCAAAGUCAACUUCUUUGUGCACAUAUUCCUGGGCCAUUCAGGCGUUGCCCUCACUCAAGGCGAGAUUGCUCACGCUCACAACGCCACGACACCGGACCCUCGCGCACGCGUCGUGCCGCCCAUCAUACAUCAGAUUUACCACAACUGGAAAGAUCCCGGAAAUGAGACGAUUCCAGCCAUAUGGGACGCAGCGCGACAGACGUGCAUCGACUUGCACCCAGGAUGGGAGUACAAGCUAUGGACGGAGAAAAUGUCGCGGGACUUCAUUGAGAAGGAGUACUCUUGGUUCUUAGAGACAUAUGACAACUUCAAAUUUCCGGUCCAAAAGGGCUGCCUCACCAGCCUGGACCCGCUGCUCUACUACCCCGUCUGGGUCACCGACGGCGGCCACGGCGCCCUCAGCAACAACAUCCUCGGCGCGGCGCCCAACCACCCCUUCUGGAAGCUCACCACCGAGUCCAUGAUGCGCUACGCAUGGAACUACCCCUUCCCCUACAUCACCAUCAGCUACGCGACGGGGCAGUGGUUCCUGACGGACAUGUGGCAGCGGUACCACGCGGGGCUGGCUGGCGGCGAGCCGGAGCUCACGCGCGUCAUGAUGGACAUGCGGCCCGGGGCGGCGCCGUGGGUGUUUUUCAUGCACACGCAGGGCGGAUCGUGGGAUAACUGGGAUAAUCAUGUGUUUCAAUGGGUGGGCAGCCACUUGAUUGUCACGAUACUUGCCGGUGCUGCUGUGGUUGGGACGCUUGGUAUGCUCACGAUGCUGGUGGUGAGAUUGGCUAUGGUGUAUUGGAGGAGACGAAAGGGUUACCGGCGGGUGUGA